AGAGAAACGCUCUUGACAAGUGACAGCUUAGUUACCAGUUACGUUGCCAAGGCAAGUAACCACAGUAGAACAAAAAAAAAAAAAAAUCUAACAAAUAACAGUCCAAAAGCAAUUAACUGAAGGUGUAAGAUGUACUUUCGGUGGCUGAGAAAGAACUGAGAAGACAAAAACCAUAAGGACACGUACCUAAACUUAAAUUACCAAUGGGGGAAAGGAGCUACAAGGUGCACGGAAUAAAGCAAUUCAAUAAAUUAGCGUUAGCAUGCUGCUGCAGCCGCCCUUAAAUAGCCGCUGAUUGUAAUGGGUGACAGGUGUGUUGCCAUGGCACCGCCCACUCUAUCUUAUUUUAAUUAAGAGAGACAUUUAAGUCUGUUACCAGACUACUUACUGGUUUGUGGAGGAUAACGGGCAGUGCCGGUGAGCGGGGGUUAAAAUGUGAGUCGUAGAUGGUUUGCAUAAGAGUUUGAAUAUUUCAACAAGGAGGUGGGAAAGCUGGUGGCACGCACUUACGCGGCCUGCAGUGUUGUGGGGCAGAGACGGGGGGGCCUUGUCCACGCUUCUCAAGCUUUAAUUGCAUUUCAAGCUUGAGGCCAGUUGACAUGCACGCACACACUUACCGCGCAUUCUGCUUUCAUCUGGCCCAGUGUGUGAUGUGCUGCUAUUAAUGACUCCCGGUGGGUUGACCCAUUCUCUCGUCCUCACUCUCCAUCCCGUCCUCCCUUCACCCCCACCCAACCCUUUUCGAGUGGGGUAGUGUCUACUUCCUGCACGCCUCCUUGUCAGCAUAAGUCUAAAAAUAUUGUCGGCUUCCAGCAGAGUUUGUCUGUCUUCCACCGGUCGGCAAACCUCGCCACCAUCUGUCUCCGGCACGGAGGUGGAGUCAUGAUGGCGCUUUUGUUUCUACUGGUACUCCACAUUCUACCAUCUCUUGUUGUGCCCAUACAUAAUUCAUCAACUGGAGGCUGUGCCAUCAUCCGGCCCCCAAGGGAUGGAGGUAUCCGCUACAGAGGCCUGACACAAGAGCAGAUUCGUAGUGUUCAGAUUUUACCGGUGGAUUACGAGAUUGAGUACAUCUGCCGUGGGAACCGCGUGAUUGUGGGGCCUAAAGUCAGGAAAUGUUUACCCAACGGCACGUGGACAGACAUGACGCAGCACAGCAGCUGUCUAUUGCUGUGUCCUCGCGUGUGGACGUCUCUGGAGAACGGCCAGGUGACAGUGAGACCCCCAGGGCCCCCGGUUGAGGGGUCGGUUCUGCACUACCGCUGCCACAGUGGCUUCAUUCUGGAGGGACGCAACGUCAGCCACUGCACCAAACUGGGAAAAUGGGACGCUCCUAAGCCCAUUUGCCUCUACGACAAAAACAACACAGGCAAGAAGAAGCUGUACAUCGGCGCGCUGUUCCCAAUGAGCGGCGGCUGGCCCGGCGGCCAGGCGUGCAUGCCUUCCGCCCAGAUGGCGCUCGACCUGGUCAACAACCGCAGCGACAUCCUGCCCGACUACGAGCUGGAGCUCAUCCACUACGACAGCAUGUGCGACCCAGGCGAGUCCACCAAGCUGCUUUACGACCUGCUGUACACGGAGCCCAUCAAGAUCGUGUUGAUGCCCGGCUGCAGCGGCGUUUCCACCAUCGUGGCCGAGGCGGCUCGCAUGUGGAACCUCAUCGUGCUUUCGUAUGGCUCCAGUUCGCCGGCUCUCUCCAAUCGCCAGCGUUUCCCCACCUUCUUCCGCACGCACCCGUCAGCCACGCUGCACAACCCAACCCGGGUGCAGCUCUUCCAGAAGUGGAAGUGGACCCGCAUUGCCACCAUCCAGCAGACCACUGAAGUCUUCACCUCAACCCUGGACGAUCUGGAGCAGCGAGUCAAGGAGGCCGGCAUCGAGAUCAGCGUUCGCCAGAGCUUCCUAACCGACCCGGCUGUGGCUGUCAAAAAUCUGAAGCGUCAAGACGCCAGGAUCAUCGUGGGUCUUUUUUACGAGACUGAAGCUAGGAAAGUGUUUUGUGAGGUGUUCAAGGAGAAGCUUUACGGGAAGAAGUACGUGUGGUUCUUGAUCGGUUGGUAUGCUGACAACUGGUUCAAGAUCAAGGACCCGACCAUCAACUGCACCGUGGAGAACAUGACGGAGGCCGUGGAGGGUCACGUGACCACCGAGAUCGUCAUGCUCAAUCCUGAGACCGUCCGCGGUGUUUCUAACAUGACAUCCCAGGAAUUUCUGGCUGCCUUGAUCUCCCGUCUGGGCGUCAAGAAUCCUGAGGAGACGGGCGGCUUCCAGGAGGCCCCGCUGGCCUACGAUGCCAUCUGGGCCCUGGCGCUGGCCCUCAAUAAGACGGUGGCACCGCUCAAGGCCAAGGGGCGGCGGCUGGAGGACUUCAACUACAACAACAAAGACAUCACAUCUGAGAUCUAUCGGGCACUCAACACUAGCUCCUUUGAAGGCGUUUCGGGCCAGGUAGUGUUUGAUGCUCAGGGUUCCAGGAUGGCAAUGACCCUCAUUGAACAGCUGCAAGAGGGCAGCUACAAGAAGAUCGGCUACUACGACAGCUCUCAGAAGAACCUCUCGUGGUUCGGCAAGGACGUCUGGAUCGGGGCGGGGCCUCCAGCGGAUCGCACGGUUGUCGAGAAAGAGUACCGCUUCCUGUCGCAGAAGUUGUUCGCCGCCGUGUCCGUGUUUGCCGGCCUCGGCAUCCUGCUGGGUGUCGUGUGUCUCACCUUUAACAUCUAUAACGGCAACGUGCGCUACAUCCAAAACUCUCAGCCGUACCUGAACAACAUGACAGCGGCGGGCUGCAUGAUGGCUCUGGCCGCCGUCUUCCCGCUCGGUAUCGACGGACAUCACGUACACCGAUCGCAGUUCCCCGUCGUCUGCCAGUUCCGUCUGUGGCUGCUGGGUUUGGGCUUCAGCCUGGCGUACGGCAGCAUGUUCACUAAGAUUUGGUGGGUCCACACCCUCUUCACCAAGAAGGAUGAAAAAAAGGAAAAAAAGAAGCAACAGCUGGAGCCAUGGAAAUUGUACGCCACGGUGGGCGUGCUGCUGGCCGUAGACUUUCUGUCACUGGUCAUCUGGCAGAUCGUGGACCCGCUGCACAUUACCGUGGAGGAGUUCACCAGGGAGGCCCCCAAAGUGGACUUGGACGUCCUGAUCCAGCCUCUGCUGGAGCACUGCAGCUCCGAGAAGAUGAACACAUGGCUUGGUGUGGUUUACGGCUACAAGGGUCUGCUGCUGCUGCUCGGCAUCUUCCUGGCCUAUGAGACCAAGUCCGUCUCCACAGAGAAGAUCAACGACCACCGGGCGGUGGGCAUGGCCAUUUACAACGUGGCGGUGCUGUGUCUGAUCACAGCGCCGGUGACGAUGAUCCUAUCCUCUCAGCAGGACGCCUCUUUCGCCUUCGCCGCCCUGGCCAUCGUCUUCUCGGCCUACAUCACCCUGGUGGUGCUCUUUGUGCCAAAGAUGCGUCGUCUGAUCACGCGCGGCGAGUGGCAGUCGGAGCAGCAGGACACGCUCAAGACGGGCUCGUCGACCAACAACAACGACGAGGAGAAGUCGCGGCAGCUGGAGAGAGAAAACAGGGAGCUGCAGAAGAUCAUACAGGAGAAAGAAGAGCGCGUGUCCGCACUGCGUAACCAGCUGGCCGAAAGACAAGCUCUACGCAGUCGACGCCGCCCGUCGGCCGGCCAGAACCAGAACCACAAUGCCCCGCUGCCGCCGCCCUUGUCCCAGACGGACCCCAAAUCCCUGCUGCCCCCGCCGGGCUACCCGAGCGCCGACAAUCACUCACUACCGCCGUCCUUCUCCAACUCGUCUAACUUGUACCCGGCAGAGAGCAAGAUGAGCCGCAACCACUGUCACAACAGCCAGAUUCCGCUGCUCUACAAGUAG